AUGCCUCUUAAAACUGUGAUAUGUAUCGGGAUGGCUGGAUCAGGCAAAACCACAUUCAUGCAGCGUCUGAACUCGCACUUGCAUGCUGCCAACGUUCCUCCGUACGUUGUCCAAUUGGACCCAGCUGUUCUUACUGUGCCUUACGGGGCCCAUAUUGAUAUCAGGGACUCUGUCAAGUACAAGAAAGUGAUGGAGAACUACAAUCUAGGUCCCAACGGCGCAAUAGUAACGAGUUUGAAUCUCUUUAGCACCAAGAUCGACCAAGUCAUCAAGCUAGUGGAGAAGAAACGUGACGUUCAUGAAUACUGUAUAAUAGACACACCUGGACAAAUCGAAUGCUUUGUAUGGAGUGCGUCGGGGUCGAUCAUUACAGAAUCGUUCGCAUCAACUUUUCCCACUGUUAUUGCGUACAUUGUUGACACGCCAAGAAACUCAUCUCCCACUACUUUUAUGAGCAACAUGUUAUAUGCAUGCUCAAUACUUUACAAGACGAAGCUACCUAUGAUUGUAGUAUUCAACAAGACUGAUGUAUGUAAAGCAGAUUUUGCACGCGAGUGGAUGACAGACUUUGAGGCUUUUCAAGAAGCGCUAAGAGCUGAUCAAGAGCUAAACGGCGAGUCUGGUGCGGGCUCCGGAUACAUGGGCUCAUUAAUCAAUUCCAUGUCUUUGAUGCUAGAGGAGUUUUAUUCACAACUUGAUAUGGUAGGAGUUUCAAGUUUAACCGGUGAAGGGUUUGAUGAUUUUUUAAGUUCAGUUGACAAAAAGGUGGACGAAUACGAAUCAUAUUAUAAGGCUGAGAGAGAGAUGAUAAUGAAGCGCAAAGAAGAGGAGGAAAGUGCAAAAAAACAGAAAUCUUUGGACCAUUUGAUGAAAGACUUGGGAUUGAAGGAUAAGCAAGGCAGCAGUAACAGGAAGUCAAAUGAAGAUGAUGAAGCCGAUGUAAUCAGUGACUUGGAAGACGAGGGAGAAAACGAUGGUAUUGUUCUGCGGGACGAAGACGAGGGCGUGGAAAGAGAGUAUACCUUUGCGGGUGAUGAGAGAACUAGCGGCGAAGUUAAUUCGAAGUCGACACCCGAUUUGCAAAGACGUUACGAGGAAGCACUCGAACAGGUUGGCAAAUCUGCCAGUAGUGAAACGGCUGAAAAUAUUGCUCGCUAUAUUAGACAGUGA